UCUGCCAAUCAGCACUUCUGCAACACUUCUGCACUUGUUGACAUUACGUCCUAUAAUAAAACCGGAUAGUAAUUUAAUAUAAGGCGUAAACCAUUUGAUCAAAGCAGCACGGAUGUGAAGAAAAACAAUGCUUCGUUCCAUGAGAUCUCUAUAUCGUUACACGAACAAAAUCUUUAAACGACAGCUAUCUGCAGAACAGCGAUACGUCAAGGGUGACAAGAAAUUUGCUUGGAAGUUGCUGUGCUUAGGAGGAAUUUCUUCAGGAUUUUAUCUUGCCAUUGGAAUCCAAAAUGGAUAUGCAACAGGAAAGAAGAAAAAGGUUGUCGUCCUUGGUUCUGGCUGGGCUGCUGUAAAUUUUAUUCGUAAUUUGAAACCAGAGUUAUACGAAUUAUCCAUCGUUUCUGCUUCAAAUUAUUUUCUGUUCACACCACUGCUUCCCUCGGUGACAGUAGGAACUGUGGAAGUACGCAGUGUUGUUGAGCCCAUUCGUAACCUUAUUCACAAAAAGCACAAGAAUACAGUAAGUUUUUACGAAGGGGAAUGUAUAGAUGUGGAUAUUGACAAUCAGAAAAUUCGCUGCAAAGAUAAUUCUGCUGUUCUCGGAAGCAAGUCAGAAUAUACUUUGGACUAUGACAUCUUGAUAGUUGGCAUUGGUUCUGAUAAUGCUACAUUCAACAUUCCUGGCGUUAGAGAGCACUGCCAUUUUCUUAAGUCUGUAGAAGAUGCAUGCAAGCUACGAAACACCGUCAUGGAUUGUUUUGAGACUGCUGCAAUACCUGGGCAACCACAAAGUGAAAUUGAAAGAUUGUUGCAUUUUGUUGUGGUUGGAGCAGGCCCAACUGGUGUUGAGUUUGCAGCAGAAUUAAGAGACCUUGUUCGAGAGGACUUGAAGCAUCUGUACCCACAUUUGAUUGAGUAUUGCAAAGUAACAUUGGUUGAAGCUUUGCCCCAAAUCUUAAAUGCUUAUGAUGAAAAUAUCAAGGAAUAUACAACAAACCACUUUAAAAAAGAUGGCAUCAAUAUUUGGACCAAACAUAUGGUAACAAAGGUUGAGAGGAACUGUGUAACUGUAAAAAAGAUGGAAACAAAUGAAGUAAUAAAUGUACCAUUUGGAACAUGUGUUUGGUCAACUGGUAUAGCACCUCAAGAACUCACUAAGAAAAUUAUGAAGAAAAUACCUGGACAAACCAACAGACAUGCUUUGCUGACAGAUUAUCAUCUGCAAGUGAAAAACUCAAAUGGUCAUAUCUAUGCCAUGGGGGAUUGCUGUACAAUUGAACAAAGAAAACUCCUAUCUGAUGUGAAAGAAAUAUUCACUGAUGCUGACAAAGAUGGUGAUGGCAAACUAAAUCUGGAAGAAUUUAAAGCUGCUAUAGAACAGGCCCGGAACAAGUAUCCUCAGAUAUGUAAACACUUUUCUGGUGAAGAUUGGGAUGAUAGCUUACAAAACGCAUUCAAAGAGGCAGAUGAAAAUGCAGAUGGAUGUCUUGGAAUUGCAGAAUUUGAGAAGCUUCUCAAAACUGUUGACAACAAAUUGACAAAUCUUCCUUGUACAGCACAAGUUGCAAGUCAGAAAGGCAAAUAUUUGGGCAAAUUAUUCUCUCAGCAUUCUGACAUCAUUGGGGAGCAAAGUAAUCUGAGUGAACGAGGAGUGGAACAGUUUGAAUACAAUCACAUGGGAAUGUUUGCCUAUAUUGGAGAUGAUAAGGCUGUUCUGCAGUUUCCAAUCAUAGGAUCUUUCAAAGGCUUGGGUGCUAUGUAUUUGUGGAAAGCUGCCUAUUUCAAUGAGUCUGUUACAAUCCGAACCAAGUGUUUGAUUUUAUUUGACUGGAUCAAAAGUAGAUUGUUUGGGAGAGACACCUCAAGAAUAUAGAAUGAACAGGACUCAAUUGUUGUACAUAUAUUAUGUAAAUGUUGAUGACUAUUGUGUAGUUACUGAGCUUGUCUAGUGUUUAACUUACAUACCUCAAUUAUGUUACAUUGUUGUUGAAAAGAAUUCAUGGAAUAGUUUUCAAAUA